GAAAGGUUCUACAUUAGUCGUUUGGUAUAACGUUGUUACGGUUCUGAAGUAUAACAUGCUGUUCCCUUUGAAAGCCUUCAUAUUGUUCGGUGUGCUAAUAGUCUAUGCACAAUGUGACACACAUGAAGAGACUACCAUCUCUGUGGCUACGUUACUCGCAGAACCAUUUGUCAUGUUACGAGACGACACCACUCUAACUGGUAACGAGAGGUUUGAAGGAUACAUUAUUGAUUUACUUGAUCUAAUUGGCAAAAAAUUAGGUUUCAAGUAUGAGGUGCAUCUCGUACCAGAUAAUCGAUACGGUCAUUUAGUUGAUGGAGAAUGGAAUGGUAUUAUCGGUCAAGUACGCUCUGGUCGUGCGCAAAUCGGUGCCGCACCCAUUACUAUUACCAGCGAACGGGAGGCGGCGGCGGACUUUACAAUUCCGUUUAUGAGCCUGGGCAUCAGCAUACUUUACAAACGUCCAUCUGACGGCAAAGCACUACCCUUUACGAAUGUAGAAGAACUUGCUGCAUUGGAAACUACAAAAUUCGGUUGUAAAUCGGGUGGAUCAACAUUACAGUUUUUUGCACGAUCAGAUAAUCCAACAUACAAACAGAUUUACGAACGCAUGAUAAAGGCAGAACCCUCAACAUUAGUACAAACAAAUGAUGAAGGCAUUGAACGUGUGAAAGCGGAAGACUAUGCAUUUUUCAUGGAAUCAAACACAUUAGACUAUAUUGUGCAACGAGAUUGUGAUUUACAGCAAGUUGGUGGACUUCUGAAUUCUUUAGGUUACGGACUGGUCGUCGAAGAAGGAUCGCCUAUGAGGGUAAAACUAUCGGCGGCUAUAAUCGAAUUGCAACAAUCGGGCGAUUUGGUAAGUUUGAAAGAGAAAUGGUGGUUGAAGAGAAAUGGCGAAAAAUGUCAUCAAUAGGAUUGGACUUUCGUUCUAAAAAAAUUUCAAGCAAUAAAAAGCAUGUAAAAAGAUAUCAAAAA